AAUAAAUUGUUGUAAUCAAAGUUAAACCCUUACUGACAUUUACUACUUGAACGCCGCGGCGGUCAGAUGUUUUUACUUGUUACACAGCUACAUUCAAUGUUAGGCUCCCAUCAGUAUUUAUCUAAACUUAAUAUCCUAGGGUAAGCUGUUGAAGUUGUAUAAACCUUGCAUCAAUGGAUUAUAGCGACAGUUUCCGCUGUAUUGGAAUACUUUAGUUGGUAAAGACUUAAAGGUAUCAAGAUAUUCGUAAGUGUGACUUAGACAACAGGGAAAUUUAUUGUGAAAAGCUGACAUACAUUAAUUGUGAAUUAUUUCAUAUAGUUAUUGUGAAUUAAUGGUUGUACCAUAUAUUGGGACAUUUCGUAGAGUUAUUCAGUGAAAGUUGUGUAUAUAAUUGUGAUAAUAAGCAUUCAUUGAUAAUUAUACGUGUAUUUAUAAGCCGGAUUCAAGAGGAUUAUUUAUUGUAGAGGUUUGUGAACUAGAAACAAUUCAUACCACGAUUUUGUUUUUCUCGGAAUAUCAUGCGACAGGGAUGUUCAUAAUUUAUCAUUGUCAAAUUAUUGAAGUGAAUCAAACAUUGAAUAUUGGGUUGAAGUAUAUGAAAUAAAUAGAUAAUGUUAUAUCAUAACUAUGAAAAUGUGAAGAAAAUGAAAAUUGAAAAUGGAAUUCUGAACAGUUAUAUGGAUUAUCGGAAAGGAAUAUGAUAAUUUGCAAAGGAAAAUUGGACAAAGUUGACAGAGGAAAACAUGUGCCAAGGUGGGAUAAUGGUCCAGAAAUGUACAACACGGAUAUUUAUUGUGAUUUUACUAGCAUAUAUGUUUACUGUUGUACUUUCUUACUACAAUCCCAGGAAAACACACAAAACUGCCGUCGAGCAUAUAAAUUACUGGAACAGACUGAGAAAGUUUGCUAUGCUGAUCAGAGUUCACAAUUUGACGCAGUAUUUUGAACGGCCAGGAAUUACUGUGUUUGUACCAGUGUCAUCCGUCUACGAAAGAUUUCUUGACGAUGCCUACAAAUAUGGAUACAACACAUCGGACCCGACCACCAUGAAGAACAUGCUACUUUAUCAUAUAGGUGACGGCAUGACAAGUGCAUCAGAAAUGGAAAAAUUUGAAUCAACACGCACGUUACAUCCUGACCAUAGACGAGUUUUCUUCAAUAAUUUUAACUACGGCGACACAAAGGUAUUCACGGUCAAUGGAGCAUGGGUUAUUGGGUCUGAUAUCCUAGCCAGUAAUGGAGUGGUUCAUAUAAUAGACAGAUUCCUUAUUCCCAUUCAGUCGAACAAAACAGUGGCGGAAUACCUAGAACGACCUGACCUUCCACGCUAUGCUUUCCAGUCUAUCAAAAACGCUUCUAUCAUUGACCCAGCUUUAAAAAUGGCAACGAAUUCCACGUCAAGUUCUUUUACAGUAUUUGCACCUAAUGACUCAUUCAUCACUGUAAUGCCGUCCUAUGGUCAAGAUAUACUCUUCAAUGACACAAAUCUUCUCAAAACUGUAUUUUGGGCUCACGUGAUCCAGAAUGGUUUACUGUAUAUACCAAGAAUUGGGGAGAUACCCAACACCGCAGCAAUGGCGGGGAUUUUAAAGUUUGACAGAAUUGGAACGGAAAUUUAUGUAACGAGUAAUAAGGUUCGUGCUCGCAUUAUACAAUCCAACAUUCCAGUGAAGAAUGGCGUCAUUCACGUCAUUGACGACCUCUUGUUUUACGUAUACAGAAAUAUGAAACAAAAAAUGGAUGUUCUUGAAAAUGUAAAUUUUGUUAAAGCAAACUUAUACAAUGUAGAAAAUGAGAUGAGGGAAAGGUUCAUAAACGCCAGCAAAAAUAUGACAUUCUUUCUACCUACUGACGACGCUCUAGCCAAACUACCAGAGGACAGGCAGUCCCAACUUGAUACAAAUAUUACAAAAUUAUCAAAAUUUUUCCGGGAUCACCUUGUGGUAUACACCCAGAGAGACCUUGACACAUUCCAGGACGGAGAGACGUUCACUACAGCUGACGGAGAGUUACUGACAAUGAGAAAAGUUCAUAAUAAUGUAUAUGUAGAAGGCGGUGGUGUGAGAGCGAAACUAACCAUUCCAAACCUAGGUUGUACAAAUGGUGUAAUACAUCUUGUUAAUAGUGUCCUGUUUCAACGAGACUUUACAAUAUGGGAAGCUAUACUAGGCAACUCACAAUUAAGUCAAAUGCGUGAUAUUGUAAACAGAAACGCGGAUCUGUUACGCACGUUACAUUCUACGUCAAAUGGACCAAUGACAGCGUUCCUCAUCAGUGACGCGGCUGUGAGUCAUCUUAAUCAUGACGCUCAGAUGUAUCUGAAGACAAACACAGCACUUCUGUUACAGGCUAUUCGCGGUUCAAUAGCCAACGGGGUUAUCUUAAGUUCAACUCAAAUAUCUGACGAGCAAGAUGUACCGACGCUGUCAGGCCGUACUAUCACUUUAUACAACACGAAUCAAGGAUUGUACGUUAUUGGGAGUAAAAUUCGAGCCAACGUUGUGAUAGAGGAUAUCUGGUGUUCUAAUGGGAUACUUCAUAUAGUUGAUAACAUUGUACAUCUGCCUACCAGAAAUAUCAUUGAUGAAAUGAGCGUCCAUCCUACACUAAGUGUUGUUUCUGGACUUAUGGGCGCUUUCCCAAAAUUACAAAGUGAAUUGAAAGAUGUAUCUACGCACUAUACUAUGUUUGUCCCAAGUGACGACGCAUUUACAUAUAUGCCCACGCAUAGAGCGAAAAUACUGAGCGAAACUCAAGGCCUUUUGCAAUCGAUUGUAGAAAGUCAUGUUAUUCCUGGUACGGCACUCUACAUGGAAGAUUACGGAAAUUAUACAAGACUUACAUCCCAUAGUGGUCUCCCUUUGUUUCUAAUUAAAUCACACGACAAAGUACAUGCAGUUAGUAAUAAUGUAAGAGGAAGAAUAAUAGAGAGUAAUAUACGUUGUAUGAACGGUAUAAUACAUGUAGUAGAUACAUUGUUAAACUUUCCUUACUGGACUGUUGAAGAAGUGAUGGAGAAAACACCACAGUUAAAACAAUUCUAUGGCCUUGUACAAGAAGUCGACGAGUUUCGAACAUGGUCAUCAACUUUUAACAUCAAUCAAACAUUGUUUGUACCAAGUACAACAUUUCUACAAAACCUAAAUGGAAAUCAUCGAUUACAUAUUGAAACAGAACCACACUUGAUAAAAAAGCUUUAUGAAAGUCACAUGAUCCCGGCAUCUACGUUAAAUCAAGGGUUUAUGGAAUAUGUUUUCCGUUCAAGUAGAAUGUAUCUCACCGAGAACAGAUAUGAUAACACGUUCACGUUUAUAGACCUUGAUACAUCAAACAGAUCUGAGCUGGUGUCUGUGGAUACAGGCUAUACAAACCUUGUACAAAAAUUUGACCUUGUUUUUGAUGGAUAUGCAUGUAGCAAUGGUAUAAUCUAUACCAUCAAUGGAUUCCUAAAUUAUCCUCUAUAUAAUACAUUAGCCGAAUUACAACAACAGCCGAAAAUAGGAAUUGGAACAGAUCAAUUGUUAAAGUUGAUUCCAAGCAAUGCUAGUAUCGACCUGACGUCAAAGAAUACAGUAUUUACCGUCUUCGUUCCGGAUGAUGAUUCGUUCCAGUAUCUAACACUUAAUGAUAUUGAAUACAUCAAUAAAAAUCUCACCUUUGAUGAAAGGAUGGAGAUUGUCCACAGACACACUGUGAUAGGGCAACAGAUUGACUACCGUGACAUAAUGGCAGGUGGAUACACAAGACAUGCGUAUGACAGAAAUAUAUCCGUCAUUUCAAAGACAGAUGCGUUCUACCUCAGAUGGGAAAAGGUUGAAGCGAAAAUAGUUCGUCCAAAUAUUCUAGCAACAAAUGGCGUCAUUCAUGUUGUAGAUAGAAUGUUCGUAUCGACACCAUACCAACAUACAACAACACCGCCAACAACAACUCAAAAACAACAAGUGUCUUCCGCAACAACAAUUGGUGCUUCAGUAAACAUAACUGUGUUUUUCUGUAUCAUAGCUUUUCUCACAGAUCAUUACGAUUGGACAAAAGCCUUAAGGUGAUAAAAGUAAAACAAAAAGUGAUUAAGCAAAAGAAAAUGUAAACCUUUGGAUCAUAAAGAAAAAUUUAUUGAAAUUUGGAUGUAAACACAAAAAGUGACAUUCAUGACGAAUAACUGCAAGAAAUGGAAAUUGUAGAUAGAUACGUUUCAAAUAAAAAUUUGAUUUAAAGGACCAGGAAGUUUAUUGAUGUUGACAGUAAAUGAUAUGCACUGUACAAGAGUGAUAUCAAUGGAGAUAUAAUGUAAUUAAAGGAUAAGAUAUUCGACAAAUAGAUGAUAAAUCAGUUCGAAUGGCAGCUAAUUUAAUUACGGAUUUGAACAAUUGUUGUUAAAGAAAAAAUGAAGUGUUCCUGGAUAGAAACACGAUUGAUACGGAUCUGAAGUAAAGGAGUGAUAACGAAAUACAAUACAGAAACUGGUUAGAAUGGAUUUAAACUGAUUGGACCAAAAUUACAUUGAAAAUUUCAUGGUAUACUUUGGUAAUGAAUCAAAUGGAACCUGUUGACAUGUCAGAAAGUUGCAUAUAGCAUUUAAAGGACCAUAAAUGGAAUGGCCGUGCGUGUUUAUCAUGCGGAGGCAGGGUGUGUUUAUCAUGCGGAGGCAGGGUGUGUUUAUCAUGCGGAGGCAGGGUGUGUUUAUCAUGCGGAGCAUCGCUGUGAUAAUUCAUUGUUGUAAAUAUUCAUUCAAGUAUAUGUAGCUUUUUGUGAAAAUAAUGCAUCAGGCAAACAGGAAAAAUUGAGAGACAAAAACACGCUGAGAUUAAACUAUAUUGUUUAGUAGCAGUAGACAAUUAUGACAUUAUAUGUCAAAUAUUGACAUUUCAUGUCAAAUACAUGUAUAUGAAAGAGGUUUAGCAAUGACUGUAUGAUGAAUGAUACUUGUAUUAAAAUUUGUGAAAUAUGGUACAAUACAUAAAAAUUCUCAAAUCGAAAGCAAUGUUUAUACUACGCAAAAAGUUGUAAUAUUUUGACACGUGUUUUGCAAUAACAAAAUUUCACCAACUUAGAAUUUGUAAAAUGUUCAUACAAAUAUACAAUAGUUGUCUUUUGUUCAAAUGUUGACAAUUAACAAACAAAAGUCUUAAUAUAAAAGUAUGGCAUACGUUAAUCUAAUAGUGCCAUGUGGAAUGUUGUAUUUGCUAAAUAAUCUGUUCAUAACGUAACCUUACAAGAUAUAGUUACUGUUCAUGACAAACAUUUUCAUUAACAGAUUGGUAAGAGAUUCCUAGACUCAGUUCUAGCAUUUAUUAUAAAAAAGUGAGACAGUUGCAUAAGACAAUGGUAUGGUGAACUUAUCAUGGAAAUCCGACAUGGUAGUGUGUAAUAC